AUGCCACAAAGGUCCCCGGCAUCAUGGACGGCCAUGUUGGUGUCAUACGCACGGAGUGGCCACCUUGGUGAUGCCGAGGAUAUGUACAAAUACAUGCCGUUUAAAGACAUUGUGGCCAAAACCUCUAUUCUUGUGGCAUAUGCCCAAUUGGGGCAUCUUUCUAAAGCGCUUAAAAUCUUUAGCGAGAUGCCUCGCGCUGAUCAAAUUUGCUGGAAUGCAAUGCUUUCGGCCCACACCCGAAACGGGAAUCUCAUGGACGCUAGAAGAUUUUUUAAGUCAAUGCCUGCAAGGAAUCUAUCAUCGUGGACGACUAUGCUCUUGGCAUAUUCUCAAGCUGGGCAUCUGGUUGGCGCCAGUUACAUAUUUGAUUCUAUGCCCUACAGGGACAUGGUGUGCUGGAACGCGAUGUUCACGGCAUUCUCCAUCCACGGAUGUCUGGAAGAGGCGCGAGGAAUGUUUGAAGUGAUGCCUGAGCGAGAUCUUGUGUCGUUCAAUGGGAUGCUGUGUGGAUUCGUUUACAAUUUUGCCAGGGAUUUGGAGCACGAGAUGGUGGAGGAAUCGAGAAAACUUUUUGAUUCAAUGCCGGAGCGUGAUCUCGUGUCCUGGACGAACAUGAUCUGCCUGUAUGGCCAGAGUGGAGAUCUGGAAAAGGCGCAAGAAGUAUUUAAUUCCAUGCCGGAUUUUGACGUCGUUUCAAGGACAGCGCUUCUUGUCGCCUUCGCCCAAAAUGGCGAUCUCGCUGCUGCUAGAAACGCAUUCGACCAGAUGCCGCAGCGGGAUAUCAUCGCCUGGAAUGCUAUGCUUCUUGCAAAUGCUCAGCAUGGAAAGUUUGUGGAGGCUAGAGCCUUUUUCGCCGCCAUGCCAGUGAGAGAUCUUGUUUCGUGGAACACAAUGCUCAUUGCCUAUGCCGAGCGCGGCGAUUUGGAAUCCGCUAAACUUUGCUUUGAUUCUAUGCCGGGAAGGGAUCAAGUAUCCUGGAAUGCUCUAAUUUCCGCGUAUGCCGAAGCCGGCCAUUUGUCACUGUCGACAUUGAUGUUUGAUAGUGCGCCUUAUCACGAUCUAAUCUCUUGGAAUGCAAAGUUAACAGCAUUCACGCACCAUCUACAGUUUACGGAAUCAGUUAAGAUCUUUCACCAAAUGCCAAACCGAAACAUGGUGUCCUGGAAUGCAAUGCUCUUGGCAUUUGCCAGAACUGGGCAUGCGAAAGCUUUCUUUCACAAUCGUUCGGAUAGCAAAGUCGAGGAGAGCGUUUUGGUGCUAAAGGCCGCUGCCAAGAGCAAGAAAAUCCCAGCUCCAGAGGUGUUUGCAGCAUUUAGAGUUUUGGAGAAAGCUUGCGUGGAUCCAUCCAAUUUUUUUGAGACUUUGGGGGGAAGUAGUGGAGCUGAGCCAAGGUGCUGGAUGCUUGUCUUUGCUGCUGGAGCCAAAGUGGUUGGGCCUCUUGGCCCCUUCCAAUUCGCAAUUAGCAAGAAAAAAGAGCUGGGUCAAGAACCUGGAGAAAAAGAUCCCUUCUUCAUUUGGUUCUCUACACGGACAAAGAAAUUGAUUGCUAUGAGGGUGCGUUGCAAUGAAAGAGUUUGA